AUGCCCGAAACCGCAGUCUCAGCUUCACCGCAGUCUCUACAGUCACUUUUAACUAAAUUUGCGCAACUCAAAUCUAAACGACUGGAAUCAGUCAAGCUCAACAAAGCAGGUGUGGCUCAAGAAACGAGGAAGCAAAAGCUCACAUCCAUUCAAGCUAAAUCGCAACAUAGGCAUGAAACUGACCCCCGGAAGAGCUUGAGUGAAAAUGAACGAGCCAUGGAGUAUACUAUAGAGGAAUGUGAAGCUUGGGAACAAAGGCGACAGAGAAGACUAAAUACUGGUAUUAAAGACCAAGAUAAAUUAGCAGAAGCAUCAUACUAUAAAGAGAUUAAAGAUUUGAAAGUAGACAAAGAUGCUUAUUCCAAACUCGGCAAGGAAGACACUGACGUGGGUACCACCGAUAAGAAAGUAAAGGAAGAGGUCAGCACCAAGAUCAAGGAGUCCAAGGAUAGAAAGUUUAACAAAAAGAGAGGUCGUACAGACGAUGAGGCCGGAAACUACAUCAGUGAGAAGAACAGGCAGUUUAACAUGAAAUUGAAUCGGCAAUAUAACUAA